AUGGCCGCUCUAGCAGACAAUAUUCCGUGGAUAGAUUCCAUGGCACCCCCAACCACCGCACAAGAUCACGGCCAGCCGGAUUCUCAACCGCCGACGGUCGCUGCUUUCUCUCCGUCGACGAUAACCGGCUCGGCCCUGACCUCGCGCCAGCGCUCUAGUGUCAUCGUGCAUCGCAAAUCACCUCUUCUGGUGGCUACACCACCAGCCAUCACUCGGGCUCUAGCCUAUUCACAUCCAUUCCUUCUCCCUCUCAACAAACUCGCCGGCCUUCUAACAUGGACUUCUGGUGACCCAUGGCAGAGCUUUUUGCUCGUGGCCACAUUUUGGACAGUCGUGCUGUAUAGUGAUGCCAUUAUUCUUUGGGCAGGACCGAUCCUGGUCGUGGUUGCCUUGAUCCUCGGCAUGUAUGGCCGUCGCUAUUCGCCGCUGUCAUCAACUACAUCCACAGGUGAAAAGCACAAGACCAAAGUUGCCCCGGAUAGCUCCCUACGUCAUCAGAAAAGCCUCGACGAGAUCGUUGAGACUGUCCGCGUCUUUACAACCAGAUGCAAUAUCCUCCUUGAACCCCUCCUUGACCUCACCGAUUUCCUUUCUACUCAACGCACCGCCACGUCGGCAACCACCAAACCCGCUUUGACGGCUCUCUUCAUUCGAAUUCUCUUAGUUACCCCAGUAUGGAUUGGACUGACUCUUCCUCCCUUCUACCUAAUCACCACGCGUCGUGUUAUCAUGGCCGUCGGUACCAUUAUCUUAACUUAUCAUUCACGGCCUGCGAGAGUCUCGCGUGUGAUUCUUUGGCGGUCUCGGGCCGUGCGCCGACUCUGUGCUGUCGCUACUGGACUUUCGGUCGCCGAGACGCCAAGCAGUGUGCAGAAGUCUCAAAAUCGACCUAAGGGUCAAGGCCAAGGUCUCAACAUCUCAACUCGGCGACGUGGGAAUAAUUCCGGGGUGCGAUUCACUUUUGUUGUCUACGAGAACCAGCGUCGCUGGUUGGGUAUUGGGUGGACAUAUUCGUUAUUCCCAUCAGAACGUGCUUCGUGGACCGAUGAGCAUCAAAAUACCGUUGCCCCAAAGGAUACUUUCGAACUUCCUGAUGUCCAAACCGGAGACGCCAAAUGGCGAUGGGUGGAAGGUAGCCAAUGGCGUGUUGAGGGAGCUGAUAACUUCAAUGGAAAGUCAGACGGCAAAGGAUCAACAGGCGAGGGCUGGAUCUACUAUGAUAGCAAGUGGAACGAUGGUCGUCGCGGACAAGAUGGGUGGGAUCGUUACACCCGCCGACGCAAGUGGUUCCGAGACGCCGAACUAGCCGAAAUUUCCCCGGGUCCUAGUCAGAAUGGCUCCGAUGAAACUAUUUCAGGCCUCACCCAGGCACUGGAAAAAGAAAAAUCGCGAGAUAAUGACGAUGACGCCGAUACGAAGAGCAUCGCCGCGUCUACAGCGUCCAAGUCCCGCCGCCGUCGAUGGUUCAGUGGUAGCAAGACCGAGAAUGAGCCCAGCGUUGCAUCUCCGACCGAUAGUAGUCGUGCUACAGGCUCAAAUGUCCCAACCGACGGGCCGCAAGCUUCACGGCCAAUUAGUAUUCAAAAUUCUAGGUCACAUGCUCGCGAAGGAAGUGUGGCGACUAGUGACAGCGCCAGCUUGCGAGAGAAGGAAAUGGCUAAUUCGCAAGACCAUCUCGAUCGUUGGUCUACGCGGGCUGCUGGCGGGACAGAGAGGGCGGAAAGGGAAUGGGGCCUCAGUGAUGAGAUCAACAUGGGGUUGAGCUGA